AUGUUUUUGUGGAGAAAAAAAACAGAAGAAACUAAAGUCACCGUCAAUACCAAUGCCAGUACGAAUACAUCACAAAAAAGUCCAACUAACUUAGAUUUAUCAGAGUUGGAUAUCGAAGGACUUGGCGAGGAGGAUUUAGAGUUACCCGUCGGGAAUGACGAAUUAACAGAAGCCGACUUGGUUGAUCCAGUUUUACUUGGAGAGCUGCAAGCCUUAGUUUCAGCAAUAGACGCUUUAACUAAAGAUGUUGCUGAUGAUGAUAUUGAACUUACUGAAGAAGAUAUGAAUGAUCCAAAGUUAUUAAAUGAAUUACAGGCUUUAGGAUAUGAUAACAAUGGCGAUACAGACAAAAACGACAAAUGA